AUGACUUUCUUUCACUUCGGGAACUGUGUAGCUUUAGCCUACGUGCCUUAUGUCAUCGUUUAUAAAUGUUCUGGUUUAGCUGAGUACAGUGCUUUCUGGAAGUGUGUACAAGCUGGUGCAGCCUAUCUGUUCACACAGCUAUGCAAGAUGUUGCUACUGGCAACCUUCUUCCCAGCCACAGAAGCAUCAGCUGGAGGACUUGAUAUUGCAGGGGAGUUUCUCAAAUCAACAGUAGAUAUUGCAGAUCUGAUUGGUCUUCACAUUGUUAUGUCCAAGUUUGCCGGCAAGGGUCAACUGAAGUUUAUGAUUGCAGGCAUGGGGUGGGCCACAGCAGAGCUGGCUGUUACCAGGUUUGUUCCUCUCUGGAUGGGUGCAAGAGGUGUGGAGUUUGAUUGGAAGUAUAUCCAGAUGAGUUUUGACUCCAACAUUAGUUUGAUUCAUCACAUCAGUGUGGCUAUGUUGGUGUGGUUGUACAGUCGCAGUGACCUCCAGAAGUCAUCGUUGCCUAUUGUCAUUUCUCUGUUGGCCCUGGCAUGCUAUAGGCCUUUGAUUGUUGAGAUUCUCACACAGGCAGUCGGCCUGGGAUCCUGGAUGCUUCUCUUGAUGAAGGCAGGAUUCACCUCUCUGGUUGCCCUCAUUUCACUGCAGAUGUAUCUCAGUAUUCCCUCACAGGGAGCAAACUCUUACUACUGA